GUGCCUGUGGAGGUUCCUUGGAGGAGGAGGAGGAGGAGGUCCGACGCGGCUGAGCAGCACCGCGCGAGCAGCGUCAAGUCGUCCUCCGCUCGGCCGAGCUUGGCGUCUGGUCGCCCCGCAGAGGAGCGGUCAUGGAGGAUGUCUGCCAUUACAGCCGCAGCCCUGCCUGGGAGGAGCUGGAUCCGGACAAGGGGCCCGGGUCUGCGGCGAGGCUGCAUCCCCACGUGGUGGGCGCCGUGUCGGUGUCCGGUGCUGCGGACGAGUCGUCUGACAGCGAGGUGGAGCAGGAGGGUCCCCAGAAACUCAUCCGGAAGGUGUCCACCUCCGGACAGAUCAGGAGCAAGACGAGCAUAAAGGAAGGAUUGUUGCUGAAACAGACCAGCUCCUUCCAGCGGUGGAAGAAGCGUUACUUCAAGCUGAGAGGCCGAACUCUCUACUACGCCAAAGACGCCAAGUCUCUUAUCUUUGACGAGGUGGACCUAUCGGACGCCAGCGUUGCGGAGUCCAGUACCAAGAACGCCAACAACAGCUUCACGGUGAUCACCCCUUUCCGUAGGCUCAUCCUCUGUGCUGAGAACCGCAAAGAGAUGGAGGACUGGAUCAGCUCGCUCAAGUCCGUCCAGUCCAGAGAGCAUUACGAGACGGCUCAGUUUAAUGUGGAACAUUUCUCAGGGAUGCACAACUGGUACGCCUGCUCGCACGCACGACCCACCUUUUGCAACGUCUGCAAAGAUAGCUUGUCGGGGGUCACGUCUCACGGCCUCUCCUGCGAAGUCUGUAAGUUCAAGGCCCACAAACGCUGCGCCGUUAGAGCCACUAACAACUGCAAAUGGACCACGCUGGCCUCCAUCGGCAAGGACAUCAUCGAGGACGAGGACGGGAUCGCGAUGCCUCACCAGUGGCUGGAGGGCAACCUGCCCGUCAGCGCCAAGUGCGCCGUGUGCGACAAGACGUGCGGCAGUGUGUUGCGGCUGCAGGACUGGCGCUGCCUCUGGUGCAAAGCCAUGGUGCACACAGCCUGCAUGGACGUGUACUCUCGCAAGUGUCCUCUAGGUCAGUGCAAAGUCUCCAUCAUCCCUCCGACGGCCCUCAACAGCAUCGACUCGGAUGGCUUCUGGAAGGCCACCUGUCCCCCGUCCUGCGCCAGUCCCCUCCUGGUCUUCGUCAACUCCAAAAGCGGGGACAACCAAGGAGUCAAGUUCCUGCGCCGCUUCAAGCAGCUGCUCAACCCGGCGCAAGUCUUCGACCUGGUCAACGGCGGCCCGCACCUCGGUCUCCGCCUGUUUCAGAAGUUUGACAACUUCCGAAUCCUGGUGUGCGGCGGCGACGGCAGCGUGGGCUGGGUGCUGUCGGAGAUCGACAAACUCAACCUACACAAGCAGUGCCAGCUGGGGGUGCUGCCGCUGGGCACGGGCAACGACCUGGCGCGCGUGCUGGGCUGGGGCCCGUCGUGCGACGACGACACGCAGCUGCCGCAGACCCUGGAGAAGUUGGAGCGCGCCAGCACCAAGAUGCUGGACCGCUGGAGCAUCAUGACCUACGAGAUCAAGAUCCCGCCCGAGCGCGGCCGCCCCGACGCGCCCGACGCCUCCGACGGCCGGCAGGUAGGGCGCGCCGUGGCGCGGGUGUCCUCGUUUUCGCAUUCUAAUGAGCGUGUACGUUGGCUCCAGUUUGACAUUUCGGCUUACGAAGAUUCUGUGGCAGCUCAUCUCACCAAGAUCCUCAAGUCGGAGCAGCACUCUGUGGUCAUCUCCUCCGCCAAGAUUCUGUGCGAAACGGUGAAGGAUUUAGUCGCCAAAGUAGAGAAAGCCUACGAAAAAAGCGCAGAGAAUGCUGAGGACUGCGACAGCAUUUCUCUGAAGUGUGCCAUCCUGAACGAGAAGCUGGACUCCCUCCUCCGAGCGCUCGACACGGAGCGCCAGGCGCCGCCGCCCCGAGCCGCUCCUCCUAUCGUGGAGGAGGAGGAAGAGGAGGAGGAGGAGGAGGCGGCGGCGGAGGACGCCGAGGAGGAGAAAGCGGACGAGGAGGCCCCCGGCGAGGAGAGCCUGACGGAGCUGAAGGAGAAGCUGGAAGAGGAGGAGACGGAGAAAGGCGGCGGCGCUUUGAAAAGUCGCCAGCAGCUGACGCUGAGGGCCGACAGUCUGAAAAAAGCCUUGCGGCAGAUCGUGCGGCAGGCCGAGAGAGUGGUGGACGAGCAGAACGCCAACACGGACGAGUCCGAGCCGACGUCCCCGCUGGAGUUCCGGAAGGACAGCGAGGAGGAGAACCGGGACAGCGAAAAGGACGAGGACACCAAGGAGCUGGAAGCGCUAGCGCCCGUCAAGACCGUCUGUUCUCCCACAGACAGGAGAGGAAGUCGCAGCACGCAGUCGUACGCUUCCUUCAGCAUCACGCCUUUCACCACCAGCAAGGAGAACCUGCCUGUGCUCAACACACGCAUCAUCUGUCCUGGACUGAGGGCCGGUCUGGCGGCCUCCAUAGCAGGAAGUUCCAUCAUUAGCAAGAUGCUGCUGGCCAACAUCGACCCCUUGGGUGCCACCCCCUUUAUUGAUCCCGACCUGGACUGCCUAGAGGGCUACAUGGAGAAAUGCGUGAUGAACAACUACUUUGGCAUCGGACUUGACGCCAAGAUCUCCUUGGAGUUCAACAACAAGAGAGAGGAACAUCCAGAAAAAUGCAGGAGUCGCACCAAGAACAUGAUGUGGUACGGCGUCUUGGGAACCAAGGAGCUCCUCCAGAGGACCUACAAGAACCUGGAACAGAAGGUCCAGCUGGAGUGUGACGGCCAGUACAUCCCCCUCCCGAGUCUGCAGGGCAUCGCCGUGUUGAACAUCCCCAGCUACGCCGGCGGGACCAACUUCUGGGGUGGCACCAAGGAGGAUGACAUUUUCUGUGCUCCAUCAUUUGACGACAAGAUCCUGGAGGUGGUGGCGGUUUUCGGAAGCAUGCAGAUGGCGGUUUCGCGGGUCAUCAAGCUGCAGCACCACCGCAUCGCGCAGUGCCGAACAGUGAAGAUCACCAUCCUGGGCGAAGAGGGCGUUCCCGUCCAGGUGGACGGCGAGGCGUGGAUCCAGCCGCCCGGACUCAUCAAAAUCCAGCACAAGAACCGAGCGCAGAUGCUCACCAGAGACCGGGCCUUCGAGAACACGCUCAAGUCGUGGGAGGACAAGCUGAAGUUCGACAAGCCCCCUCUGCGGCCGCACCUCUACCCGCAGCACUCCGUCGACCUGGCCGGCGAGGACGAGGCCCCCGCCGUGCGGCUGUGCGCCCGCGCCGCAGAGGAGCUCAUCACGCGAAUAUGUGAGGCCGCAAAGAGCAACGGGCUCUUGGAGCAGGAGUUGGCCCACGCCGUAAACGCAGCGUCGCACGCCAUCAACAAAACGCAUCCCAAGUUUCCCGAGAGUUUGUCGAGGAACACGGCGAUCGAGGUGGCCAGCACCGUCAAGGCUUUGUACAACGAGACGGAAUCGCUCCUCGUGGGUCGGAUCUCUCUGCAAUUGGAGCCAGCGGAGGAGGAGCAGCUCUCCGGCGCCCUCCAGAGUCUGGAGUUGGAACUGGGCAAAGUCGGAGAGAUUCCGUGGCUCUACCGCAUUCUGCAGCCCGAUGACGAGGAGGACCACUCUCUGGCUUACGGCAAGAGGAACAGUCGCGGCGGCAGUGGCGGCGUCUUUCGCAUAGUGCCCAAGUUCAAGAAGGAGAAGGCGGCCAAAAAGGGCAGCCCGCAGUCAGCGGAGAGAUGGGGCACCGACGAGGUGGGCGCGUGGCUGGAGCAGCUGAGUCUGGGCGAGUACCGGGACACCUUCGUCCGUCACGACGUUCGAGGCUCGGAGCUGCUGCACCUGGAGAGGAGGGACCUGAAGGAUCUGGGGAUCUCGAAAGUGGGUCACAUGAAGAGAAUCCUCCAGGGAACGAAGGACCUGGCCAAGACCUCCAUGCUUGAUCUUUAGCCAGGAAGAGGACGCUUCUCAACAAAGGAAACAUCCGUUGGUUCGUUCCCGCUGGCGUGCCAGGAGAAGAAUCGGAGCAGUCGGCUCGAAGGUUCAGCGAGAAGACGUCCGGGAGCCUUUUCCUUGACAAUAACCCACCAUAUCGCAUAUAACACACACGAGCAAAGACGGCGCCCAUUUGUUGUCGGUCUCGCCGUGACGAGUGAGCAGCGCAAGCAAACGCGGGACUUCCACGAGCGUGCGUGCGGUUCUGCUCGAUGCGCUGUUUGCUUGGAGAACCGUCCGGAAGCGGCGGCGCCGUGUUCCGUGCUCCCCGGUUUAGAUUUAAUUGCAUGCUUUCGUGUCUUAUGGGAACACUUGAACAAGUUAACUUCGCAAGUCCAUGUUCUCGGUGCAAUUUGCGACUACUGAGCGUCUCCGUUCCCGUUUUUGUUUUCAUUUCUUCUGCGUUUACGUGACGACGACGUGUCAGAGUUGUGCGUCGGUGCCAAAAUCUUUGGAGUAUUUUAUCUUUCAAAUGAGCUUUUAUAGGACGACGUCGUCAGGAGGGUUGAAACUAUUUGCGACUUGUGGAGCUGCGGAGGGAAAAAAAUAGGAACGCGAAGGGAAUGUUCUGGACAACAAAUGUCAACUGACAAUUUUCGCCUGGCGCUCUCCAGUAGUUUUGUUGUUUUUGUUAGCAACGGGAGACUAGUUCAUAUCUGUUACCGUAGUACUGUAGUUCCUCCAAAUCAUUCGGAAUUUAUUGCCAAAUGCGCUCGAGUUCAUAAAGUUGCGCAAAAAGGCCGCCAGCGCGUGCGCCCCGCAGAACACACAUGGCAUCUGAAAGCUGGUUCGCCCCAGCAAAAUCUGCUAUGUCAACAUUGACCUGAUUGGACCGAAAACAAAAGAAUCGUGGAUUUCUUUCUUUCUUUCUUUUCAGAAAUUAUAAUGUUGACAUAUAUUGUCACUUUUUGUUUGAUCUGAAAGCAAAACUAAAAUGAAUGUGGAGAUUGGACGCAAAACAAAUUGUCUGUAGAAACAAUAUAAUAUAAUGACUAUUGUGAAAUGUAAUCAUAAAGGAGUAAGUAUGUGUUUUUUUCCAUUCCGUCGAAUAAGUCAUAUUUGUAAAACGACGCCUCGAUGUGCGCUACGCUCAGCAUUUAAGUCAAUGAAUUGCCCCCGACCACUUUACGAGCAUAUUUCUACUUCUUGCAAAUUCCUUUCAUAUACUGUAGAUGAGCGACUGCCCUCAACUUUUGGGUGGAUGAACACAUUGAUGAAAGACUCGUGCAAAUAGAUGUUGUUGUUGUUUUCCAAAUAGAAUUCGAAAGUUAGCCUGCAGAACCUUGCGGGCGUGCGUCUUGUUUUUUGGUUUGGUUUGAGUUUUUUACAGGGUGACUUAUUUCUACGGGUCCGUUCGUAAAUGCGAGCCGGGUUUGUCAGGCGGCGGCCGACGUGGCGAGCGCGCGUCAACGCGUGCGGGCUCCUGCGUGACGCCGGCAAUGUUGAGGUGACGGAAUGGCCGGCAAUAAAUGGACAAACACGCGCACACAUUUCUUCCAGCGGUGCUUCCAUCGUGACGUUCAAAUAGGAUCGCCUCAGUGAGAAAAAGGGCGCGGGCGCAACAGUUUAGCUGUGAUGUCAUUUGUGUAGUUCAGAUAUUGUUUGCCAAACGUGAUAUUUAAUGACGCUUUAUUCUUCUUUAGAUUUUGCCCUCAGAGAGAAUCCCCCCCAAAAACGUCCAAAACGAUUUGAGUUGUGCGACGGCUUUACGGUUAAACGAGGGACAGGUUUGGAUUCUACGCAAUGUCCGCGAGUGGCCAAUAUCCCGCUUAGCUUAGCUUAGCUUAGCAGGUUGGACCUCAAAGCAUUCCAGUCGAAAGGGAAUACAAAAAACAUGGCUGACCACAUCAAUGAGUUUCUCGUUUAGCAUUAGUAGUUGAUUCAAGUAGAUCUAAGUGGAUAUGAUUUCAAAAGAAAAUGGUUGUUGUUGUUGUUAGCCUCGUUGACUUAUUUCACAUUGGAGCAAAUAUUGAUCCAAUCCAGUAGAUGAAAAGCAGCGACGCAGAGAGACCGUAUCAAAGUUGCCACUUGGAUUCGGAUCGUGAGAGUAGUUGCCAUGGCAACGCGCGGCAAAAAACGGAGUCCCUUUCCGCCAUCCGGACCGAGUUCGGACAUUUGUUCCGUCUGGGUGCCGUUGACGCCGUUGAAAGAGCCGACCUUCUUGUCGUCCGCUGAGCAUUUCCGGUCUUCGGUAUUUUGACGAUCAGCCGAAGAUAACAAGCGAAGCGCUAAAUGAGACUUGUUGUGGGUUGCUUUGAAAUCUCCAGCGCAUAUUUGUCCGGCGUGACGUUUGAAGGCGAGGCACGUGGAAGCUGCCCUCUUCCUUCAUUGCGUGCAAAGUGCAAAGUGCAAAGUGCAAAGUGCUGCUGCUUUUGUCCUCCAACGCAACCUCGCAAAAGAACCCGUCACGGGCUCUGAGAAAACGGCGAUGGCACUUUGAUUUGUUGUUUACAGUUUUCAUUUGUAGGAAUUAUAAGUGCUUUAAGAAAUAUUUAUUGCCUAAAGUAUACACGUGCGUUGUCUUAUCUCACAUUUUGAAUAUAAUGUUGUCAGCUGUAUUGCUAUAUUGAAUUACUCGGCUAAAAAGAAGUUUCUUGAUAAUUAAUAAUAAGAAGAAGAAGAAGAAGAAGAAUUUUCCUUGUAUGACUACUAAGUGACUGUUUUCUGUGCCUUUCUAUGGUUAGAAAAUGCAUGUUUAACUUUAUUUAUUCUAUACGGAUUUGAAGUCACUGAGAUGUGUAUUUUUGUACUCCUGAUAUGGGCUUUUUGUUGCCUGAAAGAGGCCACCUAUACACGACGUCUUUCUCUUCUUCCAUUAAAAAAAGAUU